AGGAAAUAGCUCAAGGCUCAAUCAAGUGUGUAGUGCCGGCUCUCACUCACUCGGCAGCCACAGAAAGAAAGAAAGCAUGGUGCAUCAGGCUCAGGGGCAGCUGGUGCAGGAGGUGGCCACCGGCGGCCUCCCGGCGCCGCCGAGCCGGUACGUGCUGAGGGAGAAGGACCGCCCGACCGGCGGUGGCGCGGCGCCGGAGCUGGGCUUCCCCACCGUCGACGUGCAGCGCCUGGCAGACCCCGGCGACGUCGAGGAGGCCGCCAAGCUUCAGGCGGCGCUCCAGUCCUGGGGGCUCUUCGCGCUUUUAGGUGACCGGCAUGGCAUCCCGGAGGCGCUCCUCGACGGCAUUCACGACGCUGGGCUGGAGUUCUUCCACUUGCCGUCGGAGGAGAAGCUGAACUACGCCAACCAGACCGACGGCGGCGAGUUCCAGAACGAAGGCUACGGCAUCGACCGCGUGGACACCGACGAGCAGAUCCUCGACUGGUGCGACCGGCUCUACCUCCAUGUCCAGCCGGAGGAGGAGCGGCGGCUGCGUUUCUGGCCCACCCACCCGCCGUCUCUCCGGAAGCUCCUCCACGAGUACACGCUUUGGAGCGAGCAGGUUGCCAAGCAAGUGCUCAGGGCCAUGGCGAGGACCCUGGGCUUCGACGAGGAGUUCUUCGCCGGCCGCCGCGUCGGCGACAAGGUGGCCUCGUACGCGCGCUUCACCUACUACCCUCCCUGCCCGCGGCCGGAGCUCGUGUACGGGCUGAAGCCCCACACCGACAACUCCGUGGUCACGACGCUCCUCCUGGACCGCGACGUCGGCCGGCUCCAGGUGCUCAAGGACGGUGGCCGGUGGGUGGACGUGCCCGUGCGGCUCCGCCGCGGCGAGCUGCUGGUGGUCGUCGGCGACGAGAUGGAGAUCAUGAGCAACGCGGCGUUCCGGGCGCCGACGCACCGCGUGGUGGCGGGCGGCAGGGAGAGGAUGUCGCUGGUGAUCUUCUACCAGCCAGAGCCGAACCGGGACCUGGAGCCCGCCGAGGAGCUCGUCGGCGAGGGCCGGCCGGCGCAGUACAGGAGGCUCAACGUCAAGACCUUCGGCGACGGGUUCUGGGACGCGUUCGCGCGCGGCGAGCCUACAAUCGACUUCCUCAACGCCAGGGUCGACAAGGAGGCGGCGGCCGUCUCCGGCGCCUGAAGUUGAAGCCCUGAUGUCUGGUCGCAUGGAUCCCUGCAGACGCGCCCGGUAAACUGGAACUAGCCCGAAUAAUGUCUACAUGUAAAGUUGUAAACUAGGUGUCGAGUCCUCUUGCAAACUAAAGCUGCUUUGUUAGUGUGGUUUUGUGUUA